AUGAAGCUCGCCAAUCCGGGGCAAGUCCCCGUAUACACCGUAUCCGGUGCCUCCACCGCGCGGCCACUCCCAGACUGGCUCGCCAGACGAAGAAAGCGCAGCUUGAAGAAUGAUCCCGAAUACCAGAAUCGCGUCGAGUUACUGCAGGACUUUGAGUUCGAGGAGGCCAGUAGCUGCGUUCGCGUCAGCGCAGAUGGCGAAUGGAUCAUGAGCACUGGCACAUACAAGCCGCAGAUCCAUGUUCACAACCUCGAUCAACUGUCCCUGUCCUUCGCUCGCCAUACCAACUCACUCAACCACUCCUUCGAGCUGCUGUCCAACGACUAUUCCAAGUCGAUUCAUCUCCAGAUUGACCGUCGUCUCGAAUUCCAUACACCCAUGGGCUGUCACUACGAAGUCCGACUUCCUCGCUAUGGACGUGGCAUUGUCUACGAUCGUCUCUCAACCGAAGCUCUUGUUCCGUCUGUGGGCCUCGACACCGACGGCAAGGGCGAGGUCUUCCGCCUGAAUCUGGAAAUGGGAAGGUUCAUGCGAUCGUACCAAGUCGAUGUUGGCGGCGACGAUGAACUGACUGGCGGUGGUUUACAAGGUGGCAUCGGAGUAGGCAGCGUGAACACGGCAGCUAUCGCGGAGGAAUCUCAUAACCUACUGGCAUUUGGCACAUCGCUGGGUUCCGUCGAAUUCUGGGAUCCUCGGUCUAAAUCCCGGGUGGCCGUCCUGGCUGGACAAGAGGGUGAGAUCACUGCGUUGGACUUCAGCUCGAGCGGCCUUUCCCUAGCGACCGGAUCAUCUACCGGCAUGAUGCAGAUCUUUGAUAUGCGACGCCCGACUCCGCUGCUCAGAAAGGAUCAUGGAUACGGCUUCCCCGUCAAGAAGCUGAUCCACAUGACCACAUCCUCCCAGGAAAAGAAGGUACUGUCAUCAGAUAAGCGCAUCAUCAAGAUCUGGGACGAGGCAGAUGGCGAGCCUUGGACUUCGGUUGAACCAGUGGUCGAUAUCAACGAUGUUGCCUGGUGCCGGGAUAGCGGCAUGAUCCUCACAGCCAACGAAGGCAAGCAACAGCACGCCUUCUUCGUGCCUCAGCUGGGCGCUGCCCCCGAGUGGUGCACAUUCCUGGACAACUUGGUCGAGGAGAUGGCCGAGGAGACACGCACAGAGACAUAUGACAACUUCAAGUUCCUCACUGUGCCCGAGCUGAAGCAGCUCAGCUUGAGUCAUCUCGUCGGCAAGUCCAACCUCCUGCGCCCUUAUAUGCACGGUUACUUUGUGGAUACAAAGCUCUACGACCAAGCCAAGCUCAUCGCGAACCCAUACAUGUUCGAGGAGGACAGGGCGAAGCGUGCCAAGGAGAAGAUCGAAAAGGAACGCGCCAGCCGCAUCCGUGGCAACAAAAAGGUCAAGGUCAAUCAGAAGGUUGUCGACAAGAUCCUCAAGAAGCAGGAGAACAGAGACAAGGUCGACACCAAUGCUGGUAUUCUUGGCGACGAUCGUUUCAACAAGAUGUUCGAGGACGAGGAGUUCCAGGUCGACGAGAAGAGCCGCGAGUUCCAGGUCCUCAACCCAAGCACCGUGGUGGACAGGUCAGCUGCCGAUUCCGGCGCGCCCUCACGCUAUCAGGCUCAGUCCUCAGAUGAUGACGCCUCUUCCGAGAGCGAGGAUGAAAUCACAGGCCAGCCGAAACGUCGCGACGACGACGUGGUCAUGCACGUGUCUUCCACCCAGAACCGGGGAGGACGAACGAGAGACACGGCGCUGGGUUCGCGGGAGCACAAGGCUGCGAAAGAAAAGAUCAGGAGGGGCGAGGUGGUUGGCGACAAGCAGGUCACUUUUACGCCGCACACCAAGAGGAAUGGCGCUCAGCCAGAAGAAGCGCCACGCUCUCACAAGCCCAAGGGUCAGAGGCGAAGCGCAAGCUCCAACACAUUCAGAAAGAUGUAA